GACAGGCGCGGCAGCCCUCAGAAAUUGGGGAGAUUUCGCCCAAGGAUUCUGUCUACAGAUUAAUCACCUUCAUGUCGACUGUGUUGGAUACUAACCCGCCGAUGCUAUGGUUACCUUUAUUACGAUCUUACAGGUGAAUCUAGUGAUGUCCAUCCUGCUGUAUCUGAUGGUCCUCGUGUACCUCUAUGGUAUCCAGGCAACCAACAUGGACAGCAGUCGCCAGGGGCAGCAGCAGCCGACUCCCGACCCCCUGAACUCCCUCAUCAUCCAGCUGCUUCAGGCGGACCUGACGAGGGGAAAGACCAGGGGGAACCAGAGCCAUCAGGGGAAAGGCCGGAGCACCGAAGCCCCGGACACGCUGCCCCCCUACCUCAGCGCAAACUCACCUCUGGAGGAGCAGGGCGAUGUCGAGCUGUGGGGCACGGGGGGUCGCAGCGACGCCACCGCUGACCAGCAGGUGAUGCUUUUGAACUCGGACGUCCUCCGGCUGCACAAGCGGUAUAACUCGCCUCGGGUGCUGCUGAGCGACCGGCCGCCGCUGCAGCCGCCGCCGCUGUACCUCACGGACGACUAUGUGAGCGGCGGACUGGACGGAUCAGCUGGGAACAAGACGAGAAAGAAGCGCUACAUCGAGCACAAGAGCUACCGUGGGGAAUACUCUGUGUGCGACAGCGAGAGCCAGUGGGUCACAAAUAAAACCCAGGCGGUGGACACGAGGGGUUUCCCUGUCGCCGUCCUGGCCAAGUUUAAGAUCAGUGCCGCACAGGACAUCAAGCAGUUCUUUUACGAGACACGCUGUCGGACCCCGAGGCCCUUCAAGGGUGGCUGCAGGGGAAUCGACGACAAGAACUGGAACUCGCAGUGCAAGACAACGCAGACGUAUGUGCGAGCGCUGACGCAGGUCGGCAAUUCGGUGGGCUGGAGGUGGAUACGCAUAGACACGUCCUGCGUGUGCGCGUUGUCAAGGAAACGUCGGAGGACGUAAUCCAAACCACGCGGGCCCUACUGGUGACUACCUGUUUGGAGUUCUAGUGGAACUGUACAUAUAAAUUAUUUAAAUUAUAUGAAAUGCAUGUAGUUUAUACAUGUUUAUCUAUCUAUAUAUGACUUAUGAAUUGUGGUUAUUUAUUGAAGGAGGUUUUCGUAAAGGAAGAAAAUGUCUACAAAAACAUAAUGAAACGAGCUAUGAAUUCACUUUGAGACUUUAAUACGGAGCUGGGCUACCAAGGUGCUUCACGGUAAGAUUUUACAUGUGCCUUGACCAGUGUGUCUGCAGAGCAGAGAGGUAGGGCAUGGUCAUUCACACACAAACAGUUGACGCACAUUUUUUGAAAGGGGUGAAAAAGGCAUACUAUGACAAAAAAACACAGGUGGGAUUUGUGACCAAAUCCAUACAUUCACACUACGUCCACCAUUCAGUCCUCUGCGGGGACAGUUUUAAACAAAAUGGAAAAUUGGAAUUCCUCUCGUGGAACCUGCUGGCAGUGACUGACGGAGAUUCAAGAAGAUCCAACCAUUCAUCAGACCACCUUGAAUC